UCGUUUUAUCAAAAAUUAAAAUCAAUAUUCAAUUUUGCAAAAUUUCGAAUUUCUCUGUGUAGUGUAGUUUGUAAUUUGUAUUUGUUAAUUCGGAGUUCGAAAAUGGCGGUUCUGCAGCUUCCUUGUGUGAGGAUUAUUGAUUAUUCAUCUUCCCCAUUGUUGAGAGGAAGUAAAUCGUCGUUGUUUUGGGGAAGAGAUUUGUGCUUUGGAAAUGGAGGUAUUAGGGAUGGUCGGAGAGUGAAAGCUUCAUUCAAUGGUCGAGUUGUUAAGGUUUUCGCCAUGUCCGAUAGUUCUUCUUCUUCGUUUAAGAUGAAUCUCAAUGAGUACAUGGUUACUCUUGAGAAACCGCUCGGCAUUCGGUUCGCGAUUUCCGUCGAUGGAAGAAUCUUCGUUCACUCGCUUAAGAAAGGGGGUAAUGCUGAGAAGUCAAGAAUAAUCAUGGUGGGAGACACUUUAAAGAAGGCAAGCGAUUCAUCAGGCGUCAAGCUCACUGAGACUAAAGACUUUGGUGAUACACAGAUGAUGCUGAAGGAGAAGGCAGGAUCUUUUAGCCUGGUUCUUGAAAGACCUUUUUCUCCUUUUCCUAUUCAACAGCUUCUGCUUUCAAACGAUUUAGAUAUUUUAUUUAACAGAGGUCGAGUGCCUAUUGCUACUUGGAAGAAAGAAGUUUUGGCAUCAAAUUUACAAACAUCUGAUGCAAGCAGUGGGAACUCUGGCUUUGCAACUUUCUCCUCUAAGUUCUCAACAGCACAAGGUUGGAAACUUCUUAACGAUCAAAUUGAAGAUGUAAAAUCACAUAUACAGAGAAACAUUCUCACACCUCAAAUCAGCCAACUUGUUGGUAUAUUUACUGAAGAGGAGCCUGGAGAUGGAGAAUGGGCUCAUGGGAGCUUCCCCCUAGAUGAAUAUGUCAAGGCAUUAGAACGGUCUAAAGGGGAGCUAUAUUAUGAUCACUCUCGUGGUAUGAGCUAUAGUAAGAUCACGGAGCAAAUCUAUGUGGGGUCAUGUAUACAGACUGAAGCAGACGUAGAGGCUUUGUCAAACAACGUGGGAGUCACCGCUGUACUGAAUUUUCAAAGUGCAACUGAGGCAGAAAACUGGGGGAUUAAUUCCAAGUUAAUCAAUGAGUCGUGCCAAAAAUGUGAUAUUCUAAUGAUCAGCUAUCCUAUCAGGGAAGGAGAUUCUUAUGAUUUGAGGAAAAAACUACCAUUCUGUGUGGGUCUACUUUUACGACUGUUAAAAAAGAACCAUCGAGUUUUUAUAACUUGUACCUCUGGUUUCGAUCGAUCUCCAGCAAGUGUGAUUGCAUAUCUACACUGGAUGACCGAUACUUCUCUUCAUGCAGCUUAUAAUUUUAUCACCAGUUUGCAUUCCUGCAAACCUGACAGGCCUGCGAUUGCUUGGGCAACCUGGGAUCUCAUAGCAAUGGUGGAAAAUGGAAGGCAUGAUGGACCGCCCACUCAUGCCGUUACCUUCAUAUGGAAUGGUCAAGAGGGGGAGGAUGUAAAUUUGGUUGGAGAUUUUACUGGUAACUGGAAAGAACCGGUAAAGGCUAGUCACAAGGGUGGGCCUAGAUAUGAAGUAGAAAUGAAACUUCCUCAGGGGAAGUAUUACUAUAAGUACAUCACAAAUGGUCAGUGGAGGCACUCAACAUCUUCACCUGCUGAAAGAGACGAUAGGGGGAAUGUCAACAAUGUAAUAGUCAUCGGCGACACUGCCAGUGUUAGGCCUUCGGUUCAACCGCAAAAAAAAGUAAGAUGCAAAUAUCGUGAAGGUAAUUGAAAGACCGCUGACAGAAAAUGAGCGAUUCAUGUUGGCGAAAGCGGCUCGUUGUGUUGCCUUUUCAGUAUGUCCAAUUAGAUUAACUCCCAAGUAGUUUGGACAUAGUCAAUUUUUAAAAUCCUUUAUUUUGUGUCUUAGUUAUAAUCCUACAUCUACAUAUAGAAAAAUAAAUAUUUCCAUGAAAAUCCUCAUUUGCUCUAGGUUUCUUGUACUUAAUAGUUAAUACAUGCAACAUUAACACUGUAAUAUAUAGAUAAACUAUAUGGAAGCUUCCUCUCUCUCUCUCUCUCUCA